GAAGGCCACCAGAGAAAGGAUUGCUAUGAUGCCCAUCAAGAGUAUAGUCACGUGUUUGUUUCUUGCUCUGGUACUGGCUCUAUGGAUAGGGGGCAGCUUCGCAUGUUUUAUCUCCAACUGUCCCAAGGGAGGUAAACGAUCAAAUUCUCGUCCAAUUAGACAGUGCCUAGAAUGUGGACCAGGGGGAGUAGGUAGAUGCAUGGGACCGGGAAUCUGCUGCGGACCAACUAUUGGAUGUCACAUCAACACACAACACACACUCUCCUGUAUGAGGGAAAACGAGAUCUCAACGCCAUGUGAACUCCCAGGGAGCCCAUGUCAGUCUGUGCCAAGCGGUACGUGUGGAGCAAUGGGCGUAUGCUGCAAUAGUAAUACUUGUUCAGAAGAUGCAUCUUGCCUGAUGAUUGAAGAGGACGACUCCCUUAGUAGAUACGAGCAGAUGAGCCGGGAGGACAGCGGGUCAACAAGGAAAGAUCUCCGGGUUAAACUUCUCGAUUUACUUUUGAACAUGCAGGAUCAAUAACAAUAAACUGGAAAUUGUUUAAAAUUUCGCCAAUAAAAUCUUAUGAAAAAGUCAUUUUGAAAAAAAUCCAUACAACAUUUCCUGAAUUUAAAACAACUCCCGCCAUCCCAUUUUGCCCGUCCAUUUUCUUUUUGGAUGCUCUGUUCCCGACAUGUUUGUUUCUUUAAGAUACCAAUAGGCACUGCUCACUCUUUUUCGACUUUCAUUACAACCAAUACUUAGGGUGAGCUCAGCGAAAACCGAAAUAUAUAACUGAAUCAUAAAUGAGACAUUUUCGUGCUUUUUUCAUGGUAAAUGAGGAAAUUGUGUAAUAUUUGUAAAUAAUUACAUAAAGAUAUAUUUAGGACAAUUUCACAUUUGCUUGUAUUCCGUGCUUCAUAUUAUAUUAUGUGAUUAUUUUUUCCCUGCACAUGGGCACAUAGUAUAAUCGAGUUCAAAUUUAAUUUUCAGAAAUGAGACGAAGGGUGGCUUAAAUCAUUCCAUUACAAAGGAUUACGAAUCUAAUCAUGUUAAUGCUUCGUGAUAUAUUUAGGAUAGAACCGUCAUAUUAAUCUGGAGAACAUUAAUGUUUUAAUCCCUCAUCUUUUACAUUAAGAUUAAUAAUGAUCCAUAAAAAUUAUUUUGUGUCUGGCGACUAAGCUGAAACAUUUAGAAUCGUGAUCAGGGGUGUACUGUCAUACACGCAAGAUUUCGAUUUUAAGAAACACGCGUCGGCGUGAAACCUGCAUGCAGAUAAUCUGUACCAGUCUAUAUGGUAAUGAUGUAGUUACACUAUAUGGAAAAAAAAACUCCAUACCGAUCGAUUAAAUCCCACUCAAAAUAAUGUAAUUGUUUUGAUCGGAUUGGAGUUGGUUUCGUUGCUGUGACUAUAGCAGAAUCGGGCUCCGUCCCGUUACAGUUUUCCAAUCGGGCGAGCGUAACAAUUACCAUGGAACAGGUCUACCUUUUUAUUGGCGCCAAACUAGUAAACGAGUAGUGUUAUAUGUUCGUUCGUUUCACUAUGCUACUUGUUUAUUUAUUUAUUUAUUUACUUAUAAGUCUUUUUUUAGUAGGUUGGCUCCAUCAGUAAUUGAUACACUGUUGUCCUUGGAGGCCCUACAUUUUGAGGAAAGCUUAUUUUGUAAAAGUGGUAUUACAAGCCAUAAAGCAUAAAUUCAGAAUUAAUUGCAAUAUUUUUGGUGCAUAUAGACAUAAUGCGAGAAUUGGUUUUGAAGACGUACGUUAUGUUUGGUUAAAGAUCUCGGAACAUUAAGAGUGUGGUACAAGUUACACCAGAAGAUUCAAAAUCUGGAUGAAUUGUCUAUUUUUAUUUUUAUAAAGUAUAGUAAUUGCAUUAUUUCAUGAAACAAUAUUUUAGAAAUAUUAUAAUUUGGCUCGGUAUCUUAAUCCGCAUUUGGUUUAUCUCAUAAUUGAAUA